UUUUGAAUGAAAACGGGCGGGCUUGUAUUUGCAAUCCAGCGAGGGAAAGGUGAAAAUUGGAUCUUGUCGUCCCAAACAACGGAAGAAAAACAAGUAGCAGCCUCAGAUUCAUUUACCGUCAAGAAGUUUACGUUACUCAUAAUGUCGCACAAGCAAAUCUACUACUCGGAUAAAUACGACGACGAAAAAUUCGAAUACAGACAUGUCAUGCUGCCAAAAGACCUCGCCAAGCUGGUACCCAAAACACACUUGAUGUCCGAAACGGAGUGGAGGAACCUGGGCGUUCAGCAGAGCCAGGGCUGGGUACACUAUAUGACUCACCAGCCAGAACCGCAUAUCCUGCUGUUCCGUCGUCCGCUGCCCCCAACUUUGUGACGCCCCACGAGCACUAAAGGCGAAUGCUGAAGAGGGGGAAUGAACUGCCAGCCAGACGCCACUCAUAGGAAAGGGACCCCUGCUGGACAGAUGCACUAUGCCUUUUGUAAAGAGCCUGCAUGACCCAGUGACCACCAACCAUUCCCCCUCCCCAUGUUUUUAAUCCAUCAAUUAAUUAUACUGUUCAUAUGAUGCGCCCACUCUGUGUCUGUUCUGAUGCCUGUGUCUGAGUAACUGUAGUUACGGCUCUUCUUUGUCUUGUCUGUGUUUUUCCCUUCUUCAUAUUUAACUGAUCUUUAUCUGCAUCUUAACCAUAUAUAUGUGAAUCCUGUUGUUCCCCGUGGUGUCAGCAGCUGCUUUCAAUUAAUGAACAUUUUACACUUAAAUAAAUCUUUAAACAAC